AUGGAUCAAUCACCUCAAACUCAAACUUCAGCCGUUCGUAAGGCUCGUACGAGAACAUCAGUCGAAAAACCAAUAAUUUAUAAUGAAGCGAACUCUGCUAAUAAAGAAGUUAAUGACGAACUAGAAGGUUCUACUCAAGGCGCAAUCGAUAAUGAAGAAGGGAUGACUACUAGGCAGCCAAAAAUAAAUGGAGUCUCGGUCAAGAAGAAGCGUAAUAAUUCAGAUAAGGGCGUUACUAUAGAUGAGAUAGAUCAAAAGGUUGGUCAAAAUUCCUUGACCAUCAAAGAUGGAAAAAUUCCCAUGGAUUCGGCAAAACAAACUGCCGAGACAGAAUCAAUUCUCAAUGUGGCCGAAAACGAUGACUUUCGUGGCAAUUCAGCAAUUCCUAACGAUUCUAUUGAAAACAAAGUUCACUGUAAGGCGGCGAACACCAUGAAACAAGCAGAAGCUCUAUCUAUACAAAAACAACCGAACAUUUCUACGUCAGAUCAAAUCAAGCGCGAUACGAUCGCGUCUAUCUCGAAUGCUGAACAAGUUGAAGAUUUGCCAGUAAAAGAGCCAACUGCCGUUGAACAAGACGUCGUAGCUGUAUCUCGUAAUUCGGAACAACCAGAAUCGAUUAUCAAUAACGAGCAGGAUGAAAUUCUAUUUCAAUCUGGAUCUCAGGGUCAACAUAAACGUGGUCUACCGGCGGGUUGCCUUUUUGUCGCAAGUUUACCAACAAACAAAAAGGAAAUUGAGCUUCAACAAGCUGUUGCAGACCAUUUCCGUAAAUGGGGUACUCUUCUUAAUGUUAAGGUUUUGUUCGACUGGUUAAAUCGGCCUUAUUCUUUCGUUCAGUUUGAGAGCAUUGAAGAUGCUCAACGAGCUCUAACUGAAGCACAUAAUUCAAUCGUCGAUGGACGUCAUAUUCGCGUUGAAAAAGCAAAAGUCAAUCGGACAUUACUUAUUGGUCGCUUUAGUCGCGAUAUGAAAGAAGAUGAUAUUACAAAACUUCUUGAGCCUUAUGGAGCUACUGAGGACAUUCAUAUUUUAAAAGAUUAUCGAACAGGCCAAAGUCGUGGAUGUGC